GGACGGGAUGGGACGGGAUAAGGGGACGGGAUGGAGCUGGAUGUGACAGGACGGGGCUGUACAGAAUGGGACGGGGCUGGACGGGACGGGGCUGUACAGAAUGGGACGGAGCUGGACGGGACGGGGCUGUACAGAAUGGGACGGGGCUGUACAGAAUGGGACGGGGCUGGACGGGACGGGGCUGUACAGAAUGGGACGGAGCUGGACGGGACGGGGCUGUACAGAAUGGGACGGGGCUGUACAGAAUGGGACGGGGCUGGACGGGACGGGGCUGUACAGAAUGGGACGGAGCUGGACGGGACGGGGCUGUACAGAAUGGGACGGGGCUGUACAGAAUGGGACGGGGCUGGACGGGACGGGGCUGUACAGAAUGGGACGGAGCUGGACGGGACGGGGCUGUACAGAAUGGGACGGGGCUGUACAGAAUGGGACGGGGCUGGACGGGACGGGGCUGUACAGAAUGGGACGGAGCUGGACGGGACGGGGCUGUACAGAAUGGGACGGGGCUGUACAGAAUGGGACGGGGCUGGACGGGACGGGGCCGCCGCAGCUGCCGCCGCUCUGUGCCGCAGGGACGGAGCCGUGGCCGAUUACCGGGACCGCGGCCCGGGCGGGGGCUGCGCUCCGCGGGACUCCGGGAGCUGCCGGGGAGACGCUGCCGGCGACGGGAAGGGGAAACCCGGUGCUGCGGGGCCAGGCUCCCAGGACACUCCCUCCAUUCGCCUCUGGUCCGAUUUCCUCAACGUGCCCCUGCACCCCAAAAGUGUCUACGUGAUCCGGCAGUACCUGCACGAUGGGGACUGUGGUUGUCUGGAAGCCUUUGGGCAAGGUGAAAGUCUCCUGCAGGACCCUGCCUGUGUUGAGGAGCUGGAAGAUCGGCUGCACUUCUAUGUUGAGGAGUGUGAUUACCUUCAGGGGUUUCAGGUCCUCUGUGACCUUCACAAUGGAUUCUCUGGAGUUGGUGCCAAGGUGACAGAGCUGCUCCACGACGAGUAUUCACGGAAAGGGAUCCUGACCUGGGGCCUGACUCCAGUCCUGAGUGCUGUGGGAGACCCUCAGACCAGUUUUUACAGACUGAUGAACACGGCCCUGGGCAUUGCCCACCUCUCUCGUCACAGCUCCCUCUUCUGCCCCAUGUCACUCAGUGGGAGUUUGGGAAUCAAGCCACAGCCUCCUGUGACAUUUCCAUACAUAAAAUAUGAGGCCUCCCUGAAUUACCACAGCAGUGCAAUUUUGGCAGCAGCACUCGACACCCUCACGGUUCCCUACAGGCUCUGCUCCUCCCAGGGCUCCAUGAUGCACUUUGCUGACUCCCUCACCUUCUCUGGGAGGAAGGUUGUGGCUGCCUGGGCAGCUCUCCCCUUCCCUGCCUUAGCUGGCUCCUGGCUCCCUGAUAUUUUAAGUGCCCAGCAGCAGGAGAUGCCCUGGAAGCUUCUGUCCUCCUGGAGGGAGCAAAAGGGCAGCUGCUGCUUUGCUCAGUCUGUUGUGCUACGAGGAAUUUGCCAAGAGAAACCCAGCAGCAGCUGCCUGGGCCAGCCCCAGUCCCCCCUGCACAGCUGUGGGAGCUCUGAGCAGGUGCUGCAGCAGUUCCUGCACACCCACUUCCCAGGAGCCUUCAGCACAUCCCACGUGCUGCAGCAGCCCUGUGACACCCAGCCUCCCUUCCCCCAGUUCUUCUCUCCUCUCCUGAGCAGACGAGGUUUCCUCCUGGACAAAGCUCAGGCCUUUUCCUCAGCAGGUGUGGAGAGCAUCCCUGUGCUGGCAGCCCUGCAGAGCUGCCCUGGGCUGCACUCCCUGCUCUCAGGGCUCUGCCAGCAGCUGCAGGCACCCCCAGCACGGCGCUGGAGCAGCUCCUGCAGGGCUGGGCUGGAACAGGACGACUUCCAGGAGGCUCUGGAGGAGCUCAGGACUCUGGCCCAGUGCUAUGAGACAGAUUUUGGAGCAGAUGGAGCUGAGGAUGAAGCAGAUUCAGAUUAACCCACUUUUAUUGCUGGGGGAAGUGAGAGUGGCUUGAAGAUCACUCCCAAAAUAAAGGGAAUGGUUUUGGAGAUGGCCCAGCUGCUGCUUUCUUCUCAUUUCACCAAAAAUCUUCUUUCUUCUGGUCCAAGUUCUCCAGAUAUUUACAGCUGUGUUGCAAAGGAGAAAAGCUGCUUUUUUUUAAUGUAUUUUGGUUGGGUUUUUUUUCAACUGUGCAAAGUGGAUUUGCUCUGCCCAUUCAAAUAAACCCAGAAAAAAUAAAU